GCCCAUUUGCAAAGCUGGACGGUGACGUUUGCAAAUCUGAUGUUUGUGCUUUAUGGCUGUUAACUGGCCUGGGAGCGCCACACACUCAAACAACAAAAUACAAGGGGAACUUCGUGGAAAUGUCGACAUUAGGACAUUAAAAGGAGAACCAUCGGGUUUUAUUCGGGUUCACGCUCACUGGCUUUAAACCCGACACCUGGAGGCCUGUUUUGAAAGGAAAUCCCCGGACUGAACUGCGACUCCAGGCCGGUCUGAGAGGACAUGACACGACACCACACCAGGGCGCAAGCUGCUUAUAUCUCUCCUUCCUUCGCUUGUUUUACCCGUAAAACAAACGGCAAGUGCCUGAACUAAGCCCAAAAGACUUUUAGAAAGUAUGACACUAGCAAACUAACAUGGAAAAUGUGUAAAAACAGAUCGAGGAGUUAAGGUUUUUGGAGUGUUAGCAGACGGUAGUUGGUGCUGAUAAGCAGGUGGAGUAGUUCAGGUGACCCUGGUAGAGACUCACAAGUGAUGAAUUAUGUCUUAAAACUCAAAAAGGAAAAGUUGUAAGGGCAAAUAAUCAUAGUGAUGUUUUGUCAGCGAGGCAAAGUUACUUUUUCAGCAACAAAGCCAUCAUUUUGUUUUUAUUGAAAAAUCGAACAAAAUUGAUAGUAUUCUAAAGCAUUUUGUAUAUAAGACCAAAUCAUAUGUAUUAUUUUAUAUUUUGGGGGCAGGUUUCUGAAACUGAAAAAUACAUCAUUGACUUGUUUCUUGAGUGAGGGAAAGUUCUAGUUAUUUCAUCAUAAGUGUUGCAAUCACCUGUAAGAUCGGCUUGAGGUAAUAUUGUUUCAUUCCUCUCAACAAUCUUCAUCAAAGGCACCCUCCCAUCAUUUGAAGUUGCCCAGAAUGUUGCAGAAACUCUGUUGAUGAGGUCACUCCACUGUUGGUUGCUGAUGUCUGGGUCUGAUCUCAUGGUUGUGUCCCCUCGGCCCUGUUGACGCCAACUGCUGCUUUCUUGGGGUUGUUACUUCCAGAACGUUUACGACUGAGGACUUGAAUCCAUCAGGAUGAACCGUUACCUGCCUGUGGCACGGCAGCACUUCUUGAGUGCACUCACAAGCACAAGUGUGGUGGUUAAGUCCAUCUGUGCCAUAGUGAUUCUAUUGUACCUGCUCUCCUGGGCUGCUAACACCCCUUACCUGCUUGGUGUCACACCUGGCUUCCUUUUCCCGCCAAACUUCUGGAUUUGGACGCUUCUGACCCAUGCAGUGGUAGAGCAGCAUCUUUUUGGCAUGGCAGUGAACAUUGGUACAGUCAUGGUUGCCGGGCGGCUAUUGGAGCCACUAUGGGGUGCGUUGGAGCUGCUAAUCUUCUUCACUGUGGUAAAUGUAGCAGCUGGCCUCCUCUCUGGACUCUCCUACCUUCUCACCUAUGCGGCAACCUUUGACUUGGACUACCUGUUUGCUGUGAGGGUGUAUGGUGCACCUGCAUUUCUCGGAGGAGUUCUUGUAGCACUGAAGCAGACUGCAGGUGAUACCACAGUGCUUCGAGUGCCACAAGUACGCUUGAAAGCUGCACCAGCGCUAACUCUGCUAGCAAUAGCCGUCCUGCGGCUAGCAGGGCUGCUGGACACUUCAGCGCCACUAGCGGCAUGUGGCUACGGAGCUCUUUCUGGGUGGGUUUACUUGCGCUUCUACCAGAGGCACUCUAGGGGGCGUGGAGACAUGUCAGACCACUUUGCCUUCGCCUCCUUCUUCCCUGAGGCAUUGCAACCAGCUGUUGGGUUUGCAGCGGGGCUUGUGCAUACUGCAUUGGUGAAGAUAAAAGUUUGUCGUAAGAUGGUGAAGCGCUAUGAUGUUGGGGCUCCUUCUUCAAUUACAAUUAGCCUACCAGGCACAGACCCACAAGAUGCAGAGAGGCGGAGGCAACUGGCAUUGAAAGCUCUUAACGAGCGUCUGAAACGUGUGGAAGACCAGUCGGCUUGGCCAAGCAUGGAAGAUGAGGAGGAUGAUGAAGAUGAAGAGGUUCGGACAGACACUCCUUUCCUUUCAUCCCGUGAGACUUUGCCACCAGCACCCACUUCUCAAAAUUCCACGGGACAACAGGAGUCCAGCAUCAUAAGCUUUGAAGAUGCACCGACACAUUCCUAACCCACACACAUACUGUAAACCUUUUGUCUUGCAGUUAAAUUUAUCUUUACAAUCACAAAUGCUACUGGAGCUGUGACACACACACACACAUUAUCCUGGUAAUGUUUUACACACCUAAAUGAGGAGUUGCCACUAAAAGAACACAUUAUCCAAAAAAAUAAAUAAAAGGGAAAUGAAAUAAACAACAUUUUACAAGGAGAUCCACCCUCAGUUUUUUAGCUGUACAAAAAAGAACCCCUUGAAUAGCCUGAAACAUAAUAUCUGCAGCGCUCCAGUACUUUUGCUUUGUAAAAACAAGAAUAUCUUCUCUCACUAUGGCCUCUUGUGUAAGGUUUCUGGGAUGUAUCUUUUCUGAAUAAAUGCUCAAAUGGUUGGUGGGAUUAUUUAUUUUUUUAUUUGAAACUGACUCUACAAAAUGCUUAUGGUUAACUCUGUUGCCGCCUCUUAUGUUUUGUUUGGUUAAGACCUUGCGUCUGGAUAAGGUAAAAAUCCUGGUGUUGACUGAGCAGAAGAUGGGAUAAACAACAACUUUAUUUUGCUGUUUACUGAUAUAACUGCAUCAGAAGAACUCGUGGAAAUUCAAGGGCUGGAUUUCCAAAGGCGAAGUAUGUUUAUGCAAAUUGUGGGACUUUUCAAAGAACACAUGAUCAAAGGUUGUGUUUAAUUGAUCAGGGUAUGGCCCUGCGAUUCCUGUUUUGUGUCAAGAUGUGGAGGCAGAGAGAAAGGAGAGAGUCGAAUAGUCAUUUAAAAAAUAUUUUUGUUAAGAAGUUUGAAAUGAUAAUAGCAAUACAGAAUCCGAUUCCCCUGUUGUACCCUUUUCCUCAUCUGUACUUGAUCUGUCUAUAAGUGUUGGAUUUGAUAAGAGUGUUGCACUCUAAAUUCUAAACUUGCAUAAUGGACCUGUUUUUAUAAAACACAGAUUGUCUACACAGUGUGAUUUGAGUUUCAUUUAAUGCAGAUUAUGACUUAAGCCCAGCGAUUUCUCUUGAGAAAUUUGGUUGUGUUUUGUUUUUUUGAGUAGGGUUGCUCGAUUUUGUCAAAAAAAAAAAUUUUUUUUAAUUUUUUUUCUUUGGGGUUUUUACAAGCAUUUGUUAAACUGUUUUGUUUUGGUUCCUAGGUGUCAGCUUUGAUGUUUCUCUCUCCCUCUCAUUUUCUGAUUCAGGUUUCAGCCUACUUUUCUGAUCUUUCUCUCUCCAUCUGUGGGGGUGUCAAACUCAGUUCCUGGAGGGCCACAGCCCUGCAGAGUUUAGCUCCAGCCUUGUACUAACAUGCCUCCUUGUUAUCUUCAAGCGCUCCUGAAGACCUUAAUUAGCUGCUUCAGGUGUGUUUAAUUAGGGUUAGAGCUAAACUCUGCUGGACUGUGGCUCUCCAGGAACUGAGUUUGACACCUGAGGCCGGUUGCACCAGCUGUGCGUUAGUUUAAACUUAACCUAGUUGUGGCGUAAAUGGGCACUAAGUCACAAUUUACGCUCUACUAUAUAUUUGAGCGUUGCACCAUUAAACUUAGGUAGAACGUAACCCUACAUAUAAACUAAAUAUAUACGGAAGCCUCUGACCAGGAGUAACUGAUGGAAUUAAAAAGCAGACUCAAUUAAUGACAUCAAUGAGCUCAUGUUUUGCGUGACAGCCAUCAAUCCAUUCAACAUACAGUAUGAUGUUGACAUUUACGAGAGAGGGAGAGAGAAAUUUUGGAUAAAAGCGUCUGCCAAAUGAAUAAAUGUAAAUGAAUAAAUGUCUUCAGCGUGAAACCGAUCUAACGGUGCAGUUUUCAGGGUGUGUCGCCCGGUGUCAAGUUUCAACACAUUCCAAAUAUAUAUAUAUAUAGGAUAUUAAAAUUAAUAAAUGUCUGUUUUUCCA